AAGUAACCAGUACAUUCAGUGUGUCCACGUUACACUCGCAUUGUUUACGCCGAUGAAUAAUUGUACACGGAUGUUGUACAAGUGUAUAUUUUGGAGUGGAAGUCAGAAUGAGAGCAGAGGUGGGAGAGUCAAGCCCUCUGGCGAAAUAUAUUGUGCAACUCCCGUCGAACUCGACGUCGUACUUUGGAUUUUAAAACUUUCAAGAUGGAUGAUGGCUCCUCGUUUAGUUUCUCUUUCUUUUCCCAAGUCGUCCACUGCUCAAGUGUGAAGCGUCGUCGGAUACCUUUACCGGACUCACUACUACUUUCAUCGGAAUGACGUGUGAAGAAAGUGAAAGAAGUCGGGGGGAUUUAUUUCAGUCACACGUUUUGACAUCAUGUUUGAAAAAGGAGCUAUUUGUCUCGGAGUUUGGACACAAGAUAUUUGAUACGCCCGGAAAUGGAAAGUGGAAGCGAUCGGAGUUUAGGUGUUUUAAUACCGGUGUGUGAAAAUUCAAAUGAUUUCAAAAAGAAAAUUUUGCUUCCAAUCCAAAGUGCGUACUUGUAUGAAGAGUCAAAGGAGGCUUUCAAAUAUCAAUUUGCUGUCCUCGUUAAGAAUCCAGCAUUGGAGAAAAAGUAUGCUGCCUUUCGAGAAAAGAAAAAACAAGCAGGGUAUACAGAAGAGGAUCUGGAGGAAACGUAUGGAUUUUUGCUGUUUGAUGACAUCAACAAGGCUAAUGCACUCGGGCGGACGGGAGUGCUCACCGGGACAAGCACCUGUUCAAGUUUGGGAGAUCCGUUGAAGGGUGUUUACAUAUCAAUGUACUCCGACUGUUUGGAACCAGAGGGCUUGCAUGAUCGCAAAUCAGGCUACAUCGCCAUCAUCAGGCUGACAACGGGAAGAGUUAGAAGAGUUUCAGAGAACCACAGCCAAGAUGUAACACCACCGACUGAGGGAUUUGACUGUCACGUGUCUCAAAACUUGGCCUCUGUGUCGCCCCGAACCAGCUUUCGUCUGGCGUUUGAGAGAACCCAAUGUUACAUUUAUGAGCUGCUCAACGACGGAAGCAAUCGAACAGAGCCUUCUCCCAGCUUCACUUGCCCUUUUGCUAUUGUGGCAUUUUCAUACACAAACAAAGGAAGGAAAAGACGUUGGACUCCAUUGGCAAAAAGAGUGGAGACACAACUUGGCAGGCAACCUCGUGAUCUCAUCUCAUCUAAAAUUUUCAGAAUUCUGCCAGUCCUAAACUAUGCAGGAGGUGAGGUUGAGAAAAAAAACACUGAUCCGAACAAGGGACUUUAUAAUGUAGUGGCACACCCCCUUCAGACAUAUACAGUUGUGCUAAAUCCUGUCCUGCAAGCAUGUCCUUCUGUAGGACCUGGGAUUCGAUAUGUCGCUGUAUCCCCUCCUAAGCAAGCACUUGCCAGUCCUUCACAAAUGGGAUCAGAAAACCAGCUAAACCAUGACAAGGAGUGUGAUAGCGAAAUUGGUGUAACAGACUUCCCUCAGACUCAUUCUCGAAAUGAUGUGCGAGUGCCGAACAAACCCGACGAUCCUGAGCUGUUAAACCUUUCGACUCCUUCGACAUCUGAUAACGUUCCUGCCGAGCUGAUUGUGAGCUUCACCUCUGAGCAAUCUGUAACUGAGAAGAGUCCAAUCAGUCCUUUGUCAACAAGAAAGCCUUUGUCUGACGAACACAGGAGGGAUUCGGAUUGUCCAGAGAUGGUUAAUCACACAGUAAAGCAACAAAGAAAUCGGCAACAUUCCUCCAAAGGUCACAAAAAGACAACAAGAGCAUCUUUUGAAACUCCUGAAUUGGAAAAGCUUCACAUACCAUCAGAAGAUGAGAUGGUUAAUAAGCAGUCUGACCAGGAACCUGAAUCAGUUACCCAAUCACAACAAAACACAAUAUCAAAUAAAGAUUGUGAGCCCUUGGAAGGGCAUACUGUUAGCAACUGUGCAUCAAGAAAUAAAAUCAGACCUAUUAUUGUUGAAUCAGUAAUAGAUGCAGAAAUACCAACAAUAGGGACCACCGUAAUGGACCGGGAAGGUCCGAAAUGUGAGCGUUGGAACUUGAGGCCAAUCAUCAGUGAAUGUGGAAGAAUCUUAGUUCCUCAUGGCUCAUGGAGGAAUACGACUCAACUGAUGACGUCUAUGAACGACCAACAUCAGUUCCCGAGUCGUCCUACAACAGCAUCUGAUGCAGUCGGAAAAGAGCAGCAUUCCAACACCGCUCCUGGAUCAACAACAGGUGGGACUGAAUUGAUCGGCUCCAAGACUGGAGGAAAUUGUCCUCAAAUUGACGUUGAUCCGGAGCAAAGCACAAUGCAAGAGUCUAAAGACGGUGAAGACACGCUUCCACCGGAACACAGUAGUACCACGUCUGAUCAGUGUGUCACAAAAGAUGAACCGAAAAGCAUCGUGUCAAAGAGAAAUCAAACAAAACACUACCUCAGUUUACAUGAAACCGAUUCAGAUCCAACUACUGAGACAGAACCUCCUUUGAAGAAAGGCAAAAGUUACGACAACACAAAGACAAAUGCACCUGACACCAGAACAGACCUCGAAGAAGACUCUAUGCAGACUUCUCAUGAAACGGCAUCUGCGAUUAAAGAAAGCGAGACACAGGAUACUCCAAACUCAACACAGGAAGCGACUAUCAAACGUAAGCCCCCGUCAAUUUUCCCAUUGUGGAAGCAGAUGCGAAAGCUCAAAAAGCACCAAGACAUCUCCAAGCUACACGUUAAAAAGAAAUGGCGGUUGCACUUUCAAACCCCAUCUGAUGACGCUUACAAACAUAGCGCAAAGGAUAACACCGCCCAGAAGAAAAUACACACCUCGAACACAUCUACAGAUGCUUUGAAUCUACUAGCUGAUUUGGCACUGGGCGCCACGAAUGAGCAAGUUGCUCCGCAACCAGGCCAAGAACUGAUAUGUGACGAUGCCAAUGUUGCAAGUGCUAGUCAAGUUUCACUUCUUCAUGCUCUUCUACAGCAGACUUUCUGUAAACCCACACAGCCUCUUGAGUCAAGCACUCUUGCAGAAGAUUUGGAGUUGGUCAGUUUGUUGUGUAAAGAACAUGCUUACUCAUUGUAUCCCUUUGUGGGUUUACCAGUCACACCCUUCCAGGUAUCUCCUUUGAGUGGUUCUACUGGACUGCUGCACCACCAUCAGACAAUGUAUGGUGUUCAAACAGGCUUUUCUGAUGACCACGAUGAAAAUAGGUGCAUGAAGAAACAUAUGAAAAUGUUCAAACGCUACCGCAGUUUUGUUGACCGGGGUGGAUCUGUCGAAGUGACACGGCGAUGGAAAGAGAAGUAUGACUUCAAUCGAGACAGCAGGUUUUCAGUCGGGUCAAAGAACAGAAGCGUCAUACGAGCUUUACAUGGCCCAUGGGAUCACUCUAUUCAGGACACCAACAAAGAUGUGCAGCUUAUUGUCCACAUGUGGAUUGGUCUCUUUUAUAGCCGCUCAACAGCGAGGUUCUUUGAUGUUAGCUCGGACCUAGCGAACCCAUGCUUGGAAGAGAGUGAUUAUUUGGAAACAACGGCUCAGUCCGAGCUCAAGGGAAAUCGGUUUCCACACAGUGUGGCAGAGACUACAGAACCUUCAAUAUCUAACACUUUGGACCUCAACAAAAAGGGGCCCUCGUUGGAUGAAGAAUGUGAUAUUCUGGACUUGUCUCUGAGGAGCCCCAAUGUAGAGAUUGUUACUUCCAGCCCCCAAACAUCAGAGAGUUUUCAAACGAUGAUUCUCCCUGUAGAAAUGUCAAGUGAAGUCAAUACUGUCGGCAGGAAGUGCGGUUGGACACACUUGCAAGAAGAUGGCUCCCUGAAUGGCACUGGUGAACAUUUUCAACACGAAGAUGUAACUGAGAAUCACCUACAAGGACCAAUGGAGAAUCAUGAGAAUCAUGGUAUUGUCAGAACUGAUCAUGAGUUGCAUGGAUCCAAUCGGGACAAGAUAAAUUUGAAUGGUGGCUCUGAAAAUAAUUCAGGAGACAUGAUGAUAAAACAUGGAAUAGAUUCCUCUGUUGCGGAAAAGGAGGUCGACAAAGACUUGAAUGAUCCCGUUCUUCAUAUAGAAGAUGACAAAGAAUCACAAACAUUCUGCAAAGGAAGUCUUUUGGUGACUGGAAGACCAUUAGCAACGACUCAACCUGAAGAGGUGCAACCUGAGAAACUUCAAGAUGACAGGGAUUGUUAUUUUGUCAAGAAUGAUAUCGCCAUUUCAACAAGUUUAAGGGUUCUACAAAGAAGAGAGAAUGUCCUCCCAAUUGUAAGCACGGCUGAUGAAUCCUGUGAUGUUGAGACAACCGAUGUGAGAAACACUCUUGAUCAACCGUCGGAAUCAAGCAUGUAUCCCACCACUUUGCCGGGCCCCAGCUGCGCAAGAGGCGACGCGAAUGCAGAGACAGUUCAGGCAGCAUUUACCUCAAAUCCACCAUCAUCUCACUCUUCAGAGGAUUCAGUGGGACUAAUGCAAAAAAGUAAAACACAGGUGAAUAACGUGGAUGGAUCAAUCUCCGAAGACACGUCUGACAGAAGUGAAGACGAAAUAUUAUCUCAAAGAACCAGCAAAAUUGUGAUUGCAGAAAGUGCAACAAUGAGCACGGACACAUUGUUUAAAUGUCAUCAAAGUGACUUUCAAAUGGACAAGAUGCAUUCAAGGAAUGGUCCAAAGACAAAAUAUAGAUUCUACAUAUUACAAACGUCAGAUGAUUCCUUCUAUGAGGAAACAAAGGCCCAGUUAGAAGCAGAAGGCCAUACAGCUGUGCAGCCAUUCCAGUUCUUCCUCUUGGGUGAGGGAUGUGCAUCUCUGCUGAUUGUCAUCAGGAAUGAAGAUAUAGCAGCGCGCAUUUGUGAGGUGCCAUACCUACUUGAGCUGAAAAAGUCACCGGAAGUGCAGUUUUGUGGAAUCGACGAACCAAACGACGUGAUGAAUCGCACCUAUCAGGAGCUCUUUGUCAAUGGGGGCUUUGUGAUGUUUGAUACAGAAACGUUGGAAUCCCUCAGCCUGUACAAGUUGAGAAGAUUCUUGGAAAUCUUACAAGGUCUUAACAAAACAGGGAAAUGGAAAUGGUUCUUACACUACAGAGACAGUCGGCGAUUCAAAGAGAAUGCAAGGUUCAGCACUGAUGCAGAGGAGAAGAAGAACUUCUUAAGAUGGUCAGAGGAAGCAGGCUUGGCAACGGUCUUGCCUUACCAUGAUUGUGACGUCAAGUCAAGAGAUCAACCUGACUAUCGUGCAUGUAUGGUCCACUUGCAGGUCCAGAAUAUAUCAUCCCGUUUUCCUGUCUUUGUAACUGAUACAAGAAGCAGUGAGUUUGAGGAGAGCGGGAUUCUGACAACAACUGUAGACUCUUUUCUGAUGAGUUUUCUAUGUGAUACCCAUACAGUCUGACCUCAGUCGGUGAUGCCACGCGACAAAACACAAAACAAAUCCACCUCCGUUAUUACAAUAUCAAGUUUCAAGAGCCAUUAUAGGCCGGGAGAGAAUGUUGUCAUGCUGUCAUGUUACAUCUGUUGUCCUUCAUUUUUAGAACCAAAGCAGUAAGUUAACAAUAAUACAGAAGUGCAGCUGUGUUGAUAUAUCUGAAUACGGUUUUAUACUGGAUGGUUUGUUAAAGAUGUUUCAUAUUUUUAUUACUGUUGGUUGGUCGCUAAUUUAAAACCAUCUAUAUAUGCUAUAUUUGUUUAAAUGAAAUGACAGUGGUGUUAAAAAAAUAAACCAUGUAAUGCAGUUAAGUAAAUGAGUCACAUUUUCAUUCACAAUAUUCUGUAUGAAGGCCAUGGUCUUGGCCAUGAACCUACGCAAAUUCUAACCCCACCACCCACCCCA